CCUAGCUGUUCUUGGAUCCGGAGAUUCUGGUGCAGCUCUCAAUUUAAAAACCAUUUAGCCCACAAAACAUGAUUUUGUUUUCCUCUUCCUCUUCCCCUUCCUUAUCCCCAGGCUCCAACCUCAAGAACACCAAAAACUAAAACAACAAUUUCCCUUCUCUCUCUCUCUCUUGGAGUUUGUAGCAAAAACUAUACAGUAUACACCACUCCACUCCCACCAUUUUAAUUUGCUGUAAUGCCUGUUUUUCCAUGGACCCUUUUCCUUUUUCUUGUUGUUCUGUUCCACCGCUCCGCCGCCGUCAACCGCCAGGGGGAGGCGCUGCUGGAGUGGAAGAGGAGCAUGAAGGGGGCGGUGGAGGCUCUGGAGAAUUGGAACUCCGGCGAUGCGAGUCCCUGUGGGUGGUUCGGCGUCACAUGCAACUUUGAAAUGGAAGUGGUGGGGUUGGAAUUAAGGUAUGUUGAUCUCCACGGCGUUGUCCCUUCCGAUUUCUCGUCGUUGAAAUCUCUGACCAAGCUGGUUUUAACCGGGACGAAUCUCACCGGCGCCGUCCCGGAGGAGAUUGGAGUUCUUCAGGGGUUGAAGCACUUGGACCUUAGCGACAAUGCACUUACCGGCGAAAUCCCGCCGCCGAUUUGUCACCUGCCGGAGCUGGAACAACUUUAUUUGAAUUCCAACCGGUUAACCGGCUCCAUUCCGGCGGAAAUCGGAAAUCUCACCAACUUAGUGUGGCUUAUCUUAUACGAUAACCAGCUGAGUGGCCCAAUUCCGUGGAGUAUCGGAGCCCUGAAGAAGCUGGAGGUGAUUCGGGCCGGCGGCAACAAGAAUCUCGACGGCCCGCUGCCGCCGGAAAUCGGGAACUGUACUAAUUUGUCCAUGAUCGGGCUUGCCGAAACAAGCAUGUCGGGCUUUCUCCCUUCUUCUCUCGGGCAUUUGAAGAACCUUGAGACGAUUGCGAUUUACACCUCUCUUCUCUCCGGGGAAAUCCCACCGGAGCUCGGCGACUGCGAUUCUCUACGGGAUAUCUAUCUCUACGAGAAUUCCCUCACCGGCUCCAUCCCGGCCUCGCUAGGGAACCUGAAAAACCUCCAGAACCUUCUUCUAUGGCAGAACAAUCUGGUCGGUACUAUCCCUUCCGAGCUCGGAAACUGCCGGGAACUCCAGGUCAUCGACAUUUCGAUGAAUUCGUUAACCGGCGGUGUACCGGAGAGUUUCGGGAAUCUGAGUGUGCUCCAGGAGCUCCAGCUGAGCCAGAAUCAGAUAUCGGGUCGGAUCCCAACCAAUCUAGGGAACUGUACCGCCCUCACUCAUAUCGAGCUCGAUAACAAUCAAAUCACAGGGUCCAUACCCGAAGAAUUCGGGAAUCUGUUGAAUCUGACUUUGCUGUUUCUAUGGCAGAACCGCCUCGAAGGCGAGAUUCCGGCCGCCAUUUCUUCCUGCCGGAGCCUACAGGCGGUUGACUUAUCGCAGAACGCGUUGACCGGUUCCAUUCCUAAAGGUGUUUUCAAUCUCCAGGAGCUCAACAAGUUGCUUUUGCUGUCCAAUAAUUUAUCCGGAGCCCUACCGCCGGAAAUCGGGAACUGUUCUUCGCUUAUUCGGUUCCGGGCUAAUGAUAACCAGCUGACCGGGUCUAUACCGCCGGAGAUUGGGAAACUGAAGAAUUUGAAUUUCUUAGACCUCGGCUCGAAUCGGCUUACCGGAGUUAUUCCACCUGAGAUUUCUGGCUGCCGGAAUCUGACGUUUCUCGACCUGCAUUCCAAUUCAAUUUCCGGUACAAUGCCAGAGAAUCUGAACCAGAUUGUUUAUCUCCAGUUCGUUGAUUUUUCGGAUAAUUUGAUUGAAGGUACGUUGAGUCCGAGCCUUGGAUCACUGACUGCACUCACCAAACUCGUUUUAGGAAAAAACCGGUUUUCUGGCUCGAUUCCGAGUCAACUCGGUUCGUGUUUGAAGCUACAAUUGAUUGAUUUGAGUAGCAACCGGCUUUCCGGUAACAUUCCAGCGGGUUUAGGUAAGAUUCCGGCGCUGGAAAUCACGUUAAAUCUGAGUUUGAAUCAACUUUCCGGCGCGAUUCCGGAGGAUUUUACUGCGUUGGAUAAGCUCGGAGUAUUGGACCUCUCUCACAAUCAGCUCACAGGGGACCUCCAUUUUCUCGCCGAUCUCCAGAAUCUCGUCGUGCUCAAUGUAUCGCACAAUAAUUUCUCCGGCCACGUGCCCGACACGCCGUUCUUCACCAAGCUUCCCCUGAGCGUCCUGGCCGGGAACCCGGAGCUGUGCCUUUCCGGCAAAGAGUGCUCCGGCGACCAAAGCGGCGGCGGCGUAAGGCGGAGCAAGGCGGCCAGGGUGGCCAUGAUCGUGUUGUUAUGCACGGCCUGUGCGCUCCUCGUGGCGGCUCUGUACAUUAUCCUUGCCGGCAAGAUUCACGGCCGCGGGGCCCACGGAUUCAAUCUCAACAGCGAUGACGACGUGGAGCUUGGCCCACCUUGGGAGGUCACCGUGUACCAAAAGCUCGACCUGUCAAUAGUUGACGUGGCAAAAUCCUUGACACCUGGCAACAUCGUCGGUCGAGGCCGGACGGGUAUCGUGUACAAGGUCAACAUUCCGGCCGGGUUAGCCAUCGCUGUAAAAAGAUUCCGAGCAUCGGAAAAGCAUUCCGCCUCGGCAUUCUCAUCGGAAAUCGCUACACUAGCCCGAAUCCGUCAUCGGAACAUCGUAAGAUUACUGGGAUGGGCUGCUAACAGGAAAACCAAGCUACUAUUCUACGACUACUUGUCUUGUGGUACAUUAGGCACAUUGUUACACGAAGGUAACGUCGGAGGGCCAAUAAUCGAGUGGGAAACGCGUUUCAAGAUUGCACUAGGUGUGGCGGAGGGCUUAGCUUAUCUGCACCACGAUUGCGUGCCGCCGAUCCUUCACCGUGACGUUAAGGUUCAUAAUAUUUUGUUAGGAGACCGAUACGAGCCAUGCUUGGCAGAUUUUGGACUAGCUAGACUUGUUGAGGACCAAAACGUUGCAUUUUCUGCAAAUCCUCAAUUUGCUGGUUCAUAUGGCUACAUGGCUCCAGAGUAUGGUUGCAUGCUAAGGAUCACGGAAAAAGUUGACGUCUAUAGCUUCGGAGUAGUCCUGUUAGAGAUCAUAACGGGGAAGAAGCCGGUGGACCCAUCAUUCCCGGACGGGCAACAUGUGAUCCAAUGGGUCCGAGAUCAUCUCAAGUGCAAGAAAGACCCGGUGGAUAUUAUUGACCCGAAAUUACAAGGCCACCCGGAUACCCAGAUCCAGGAAAUGCUUCAAGCCCUAGGAAUAUCACUGUUGUGUACCAGUAACCGCGCCGAAGAUCGGCCGACGAUGAAAGAUGUGGCUGCGCUGUUGAAGGAGAUCCGGCACGAGCACUACGCCGGCGCCGGCGGGGAGGGUCAUAAGCCGGAAAAGACGCCGGACGGGCAGUCCUACUCGUCGUCGACGUCGCAGUUGGUGAACUUUCAAGGAUCGUCUAAUUGCUCUCUGGCUUACAUUUCUUCAUCUGCAAGCUAUUCCCCUGGGAAUUGAAGUGAUAAUAAGUUUGGGAUCUAAAAGUAUUAAUUAUUAGGUAGGGAUACAUAGUGGGAGGUUAAGAUUAAGAUUAAGAUUAGCAUUGUAAAGAAGUAGGAGAAAUUUUAGACAGUUUAAUUUGAUGGGAAACAAAAAUAGAAGAAAUUGCUGUUAGUGAAUGUGUAUAGCAAUUUGCAAAUUAAAGGCCAUAGCGAUAUUAUAUUCUUAGUUGGUGG